CAGCAAGUGAUUUAUAAUUGGUCGGAGCUCCUCCUGAAAUCCCUCUUUUUUAUUCAGUUACAUAUGAGUGAAGGAGAGAGGUUAUGCAAUUGGCAAAUGUCGCUGUUAACAGAUUUUUAGGUAGUAAUUGAAUUAGAGGAGAGGAGCGGAGGGAGGAGGGGCGCUGCUCGGAGCUGCUGACAGGUAGAUGAGCUGUGCGCUGUCCGCGGUGCUGAAACCUCCUCCGGCUGCUGCCUCACCGGAGAUCCUCACCUCAGAUUAGACCGGAGCUCCUCUGACCUGCACCGGCUCCACAUUUACACUUUUUUUCCCACCUUUGAUUUCCUUAAAGAAAACUAAAAAAAAAAUCCAACUUUCUGUUUCCUGCGUUGCUGUUUUCUAAUCGCAGCCUGGAUCUUAAGAUGGCACUGCAUGGAUUAACAUUGCGCAAGGCAAAAGCGGACUUAUUUGACUGCUGUUUUGUGACUGUGAAACCAGCCCUUUCAGACUGAACGUCUUUUCUCUCCUCUUUCUCCAUUUUCCUGGCUCAUCUUUUACCGGACAUCGAGGCGUUUUCUGCUCAAAAAAAAAGACAGACGUGCGUUAUUUGGAUUAAUAUCUUAACAAUAUGCUCAUUACUGCAGCGCUUCCAUUUGUUAUAGUGUUAUAGAAUUUUUAAAGAAAUUUUGGAUAUGGAGCCAGGCGCGGAGAAAGCUGCCCCUUACUCUAAAGAGGGGAUAAAACAACUCGCAGGAAAGGCCCUCGGGGGUAUUUACAGGAGGCUAGAGAAGCGGCAGCAGACAGGUGAGGCGAUCGAGCUGACGGAGGAUGGGAGACCCACGGCGGACCCGGAGCGGAAGAAGCCCCUGGUGGACUGCACGUGCUUUGGGCUCCCGCGCAGAUACAUCAUCGCUAUGCUGAGCGGGAUUGGCUUCUGCAUCUCCUUCGGUAUCCGGUGUAACUUGGGUGUGGCCAUCGUCAGCAUGGUCAAUAACCACACGAUCCAUCAAAACGGCAAGAUCAUCAUCAAAGAGAAAGCGAAAUUCAACUGGGACCCAGAGACCGUGGGGAUGAUUCAUGGCUCCUUCUUCUGGGGCUACAUAGUCACUCAGAUCCCAGGAGGGUAUAUCUCUUCAAGACUGGCCGCUAACAGAGUUUUUGGUGCUGCCAUCUUGCUGACAUCCACCCUGAACAUGUUCAUUCCCACUGCCGCCCGGGCGCACUACGGAUGUGUCAUCUUUGUGAGGAUAUUACAAGGGCUGGUGGAGGGAGUGACUUAUCCAGCCUGCCACGGGAUCUGGAGUAAAUGGGCUCCACCGCUGGAGAGAAGUCGUCUGGCAACCAUCUCCUUCUGUGGAUCCUAUGCUGGUGCAGUGAUAGCCAUGCCUCUGGCUGGGAUCCUGGUGCAGUACACUGGAUGGUCCUCUGUCUUCUACGUGUAUGGAUGCUUUGGGAUAUUUUGGUACAUGUUCUGGAUCUUUGUGUCCUAUGAGAGCCCAGCGGAGCACCCGACCAUCACUGACGAGGAGCGCCGUUACAUCGAGGAGAGCAUCGGUGAAAGUGCCCAGCUGAUGGGUGCAAUGGAGAAAUUCAAGACCCCCUGGAGGAAGUUCUUCUCCUCCAUGCCCGUCUAUGCAAUCAUUGUGGCCAACUUCUGCAGGAGCUGGACCUUUUAUCUGCUCCUCAUCAGCCAGCCUGCAUACUUUGAGGAGGUGUUUGGUUUUGAAAUCAGCAAGGUUGGAAUAGUGUCGGCGCUCCCUCACUUGGUCAUGACCAUCAUCGUGCCCUUAGGAGGCCAGUUAGCGGACUACCUGCGGACCCACAACAUCUUGUCCACCACCAUGGUCCGGAAAAUCAUGAACUGCGGAGGGUUUGGCAUGGAGGCCACCCUCUUGUUAGUGGUGGGUUAUUCUCACAGUAAGGGGGUGGCCAUCUCUUUCUUAGUUCUGGCGGUGGGUUUUAGCGGCUUUGCAAUAUCAGGUUUCAAUGUCAACCAUCUAGACAUCGCUCCUCGCUAUGCCAGCAUCCUCAUGGGUAUAUCCAACGGUGUUGGUACCCUGUCAGGGAUGGUUUGCCCUCUAAUAGUGGGAGCCAUGACUAAGCACAAGACUCGGGAAGAGUGGCAGUAUGUCUUCCUCAUUGCUUCCCUGGUGCAUUAUGGGGGAGUGGUGUUUUACGGGAUCUUUGCAUCUGGGGAGAAACAGCCAUGGGCCGACCCUGAAGAAACCAGUGAAGAGAAGUGCGGCUUCAUUGAUGAGGAUGAGCUGGCUGAGGAGACCGGUGACAUCACACAGGGUUAUGGUGCAAUGGGCGGCCCGGCUAAGAGCUACGGGGCCACUGCGCAGCUCAACGGAGGUUGGGUGCAGGACUGGGAUAAGACAGAGGAGUAUGUACAGGAGCCGGCUGGAAAGAUGUAUUCUGAGCGUGGCUACUCUUAAACCAGACAGUGGUGGUGAGUCUGCUCGCAGACUCUCCAUCAUGGAUUGCACAACAUUAUCUUAGAUAUUUAAAUCCAUUCUGUGUAUUCAAGUAAAAUGUUUACUAGUUUCAAAAAGCCAAUGUAAAGAAAUAGUUAAUUGCAAUGCAGAACAAUCCUCAUUAGAUUCUCACACGUCUCUCAUCACAUCUACCUACUGUAGGGCUUCACUAUACAGAGAGCAAAGAACACUGCAGGCAUAUGUUGUCCUUCUUAGACACCCAAACCUCAUCAAUCUACUUGAACAACAUGAGCCAGAUGACACUGCAGUUGACCAUCAUAUAGGGUCUUUCUAAUACCACUCUGAUUGCACUGAAACUAUAAGUAUUCUAAAAACAAAUUCUAUUCUGUUUCUCAAAUGUGUUUUAUGUACUGUAUAUACCUGUAUACUGUUUCUGUGAGACUAUUGUGGAUUUUGGGUCGUUGAUCUGUGUUAACAUUAAUAUAAAAGGCCAUAUUUUUCAUGGACAGUACCUUUUCAGGGAGAUGUCUGCUUGCAAAAAAGGUCUCCUCUUCCCAGAGCGAGGCCUGUAAUACACUAUAAGACAAAAAUAGCGUGAGUGAAGUUGAACCGUAGAGUUUUAGUGUGUGUUUGUUUGCAUGAAUUUGCUCAGAUCAAUGUUUCAGAUGCAGCCGCCUCACAGUCAUGGAUAGUCCUCAUACGGCUCACUGCUUUGUUCUUAGAUAAGCGUCUUCUGCCAUAAUGAAUAAUAAAACGAACUUUCAGGUGCCAGUCGUGAUGUGAGACAAAUCAAAAAAAAAAAAAAGAAGUUUUGAAGGCGAUUGCUCAGAAGACAUUGUUUAUUGAUGUUUGGUGUGCACUGCAAUAAAUUCUGUGUACCAGCCACCACCCAUCACAUUCUGUUCUGUAAUGUAACACUGGCUUGCUGUAUCUAACUGUAAUUGUUUUGGAGUCAUGUGAUGCUCAACAUUAAGGUGUGUGUUUUAACAAAUUACUAGUCUGGAAAAUCCAGCUUUAGUGCUCAUGAUGCAGGACAAGUUACAUUUUGACAGCGGGGAAUGCAGUAAUGUAUGUGAACAACCAGGCUGUUGUGAUCUUCUUGGUGUUUCUUGGUUGUUCUCAUUGUCACCUUGUUGACACUUUGAUAUUGUCACGUUUGGAGUGAAGCACAUGAGUUAAUAGACGGCUCUUCCACCUGACUUUAUUUGCUAUUUGAACACUUUAUUCAUUUGCUGUAUGAACUCUGCAAGGAUGUUUAAAAAUAUAUGAAUAUUUAAGAAUGUUUUAAGAUGACCAAAAGAUGCUAUUACGGCUUUGUGCCUGAAGUUUAUGUAAAACAGAUUAAUGUGAUUUUAUGGCUUCUAAUAUUGUGUUUAAUGAAGAGGUAUGUUGAUGUCAAAAAGUGUUAUAAAAAAUACUCAUAUCAUUUUAUAAAA